GUUAUCAACCAUCAACCUGUCAUGUAAUCUUCCAAUCAGGCAUCGAGGACAUUUCCUGUUGAAUUACCCGUUACAUCAGAAUUCAUGUCUUUAUUUACCUUAAUGAAUCAUUAUUAGUGUCGUCCAGACUAUUCUGAAGCGUGCAAAUUAUUUCGAGUUUGAAUGAAACCAUCACCGACCCCUUCAGCGAACGUUCCAUGAAAUAUCUUGCAUUUUCAUUUGGAACUCGACAAUUCGACUGCUUGAAUUUAUACGCGAAUCGAUAACUGAGUAUAAUUUGUUAGUUGAGACAAAUUAUUUACAGUGUGAUAGAAGCAAGAUAAUUGCAAAAGUAGAUCUAAUUUCUACAAAUUCACUCUACAUCUGGUGAAGGAAUAAUAUUUUUAACCAUGUCACCUCUCUGGAAACUUCUCCCAUUCAGUUUUCUUGUCCUUUCUCUCACAAUUCUCUCCUGCACAGCCUCCUUGUACGAAACCGAACCACUUUUAUGGGUCGACACGCAAAUCAGUUUAAAAUCUGGCGUGUCAGAUCUCGGCCUCAGCAUCAACUUUAUCAAACCAUGCGACAAAUUUUACGACCCCUCAAUCGUCAAUGGAACCCAGGAAUAUUUCACAACCUGGUGCAACGAAAAUAUGGAGAAAGUCAUAAUCAAACCCUUGAUGGAAAUGUGUCGUCCCGGUUUCGCGGCAGGCGUUCCUUCAAGGAAAAAAAGAUUUAUCAAGAGAGUUUUCCGCGGAGUCGUUAAUGCGGGUCGAUCCAUCCUGGGAAUAUUUUUUCCUCGACGAGAUCCAGCAAUUGAUCAGUUAUCCUCCUCCGUCAACCAACUCUCCAUUGACAUGUUCUCCCUCAAAAAGCGCAUCGAAAAUGGUGAAAAGAGGCAGGACGAAUUUGACAAGAAAUUAAAGCAGUUUGAAGAAGAGAUGGCAAAGCUGGAUAACCGCCUGUUCAAAACUGAAGUAGACAUUGCCACCCUUCAAACCUGGAAGACCGACUUGAUUCAAACAUUAGGCACCACGAUGACCUUGGUGACAAAAUUGGGAGCGUACUUUAAACUAUCGGAAUCCCACAUGAAUGAAAUUGUACGCGAAUGGAAGGACAAUCGACUCAGCUUGAAAUUAUUUGAUAUCUUCAUGCUAGGAAAUAAUCACACCUUGACGAAUAUGCAUAAAAAUGUCAAACCCGUCGAGUGCUACAUAGACCCAGAAACUGGCACGGCCAAAUUCCAAUUUCUCAAGAAUGACACCGACUUUGGAGUCCACGUUUUAGAAGCAAACCCUUUCACUUUGUAUGAAAAAAUUCCCGGGAGUUAUUUAGGAUACAGGUUGGACUACGUGGGUCCCUCGCAGGUCGCGUAUGAUGAAGGGUCCGACUGCAUUGUGCCGUAUUCAGGCACGCCCACAGAAAUUAUUAUGUUUCCAGGAGAAAAGUCUUGUCUCCCGAUGAAUGAGCUUUCUGUAUACAAAUAUUGGAAAAAGUCUUGUUUUCCAAUGUAUUACAUGGACGAAACGUCCAUCCAGUUUAAAGCUAUUGGGGAAAAUUAUUACAUUUAUUGUUACGGGUUUAGGAUCAAGGUUUACAAAAGUAUUAUCGAGUGUCCCAAUUAUGUAUUCAAAAUUCAUACGGAUGAAGUCAUAGAAAUUUUGAAUAAUAAAUCUGUAUCGAAAGUGCUAAAACCCGAAGAUUUUCAACCCGCUAAGGAAUUCCAUUCCAAAAAAGUAGUCAUGCAUUUAAUGCCAAAAAUAUUACAGUUGAAUUUUUACUUGCUUAAUGUCUCUGUUAAUUGUCCUUAUCCCGAGGAGGUGGAAAUGAUUGGGAAAACGAGGGGGGACGGAUUAGUAAGUGCGCAGAUGGGGGUUAUAGGCCUGCUGAUUGUAUUGGCGAUUAUAUUGGUUGGCGUGGGUGGGGCUGUCUGGUACGUGAGGGGAUUGUUGAAACGCGUUGAGAUGCAGUAUAGAAAUCCAUUGCCAGAAAUGCAGCCGUUGGGUCGACCCCAUAACCCACUUUUAGCAAUUGAAGGAGACAGAGCAAGAGUAUUUGAGAUAGAUAAUCCCGAAAAGUACUAAUUAUAAUUAUUAACCAUAAAAUAAUUGAAUAUGCACCAAGUUGUUUGUCAGCAUGUAUGUAUGUGCAUAAAUAACAUAAUGUGAAAAGAUGGAUGUUUAUAUACAUAAAUAAUACAAUUUUGGAAAAAUUAUAUAUGUAAAUAGUUGUAGUACCGUGUUAUAAUGAAGAUUAAAUUGUUUAAAGUUUCAAAUUCAUUUUUUUUUUACUGAAGAUAAGGGUGUAGCACAGGGCAUUUUAAAUAAUUGGUUGAAUAUUGAAUGUGUGUGUGUAUGGAAGAAAGCGAUAACUAUUGACUUACUUAAAAUAUUUAUGUAAUCAUACUCAACUAACGAAGAAUAAUAGGAAUAAAUAAUAAUUUGUGGUCAUAUAUAAAUAA